AUGGAGGAAAAAACUAAACUUUUAUUACUUUCUUUACUCUUUCUACUUGCAGUUCACGGCGGCGCCGGAGGUUUUGUUGGUGGUGGAAGAACCACCAGAAACGGGUGGUCAAACUCAAACACAUCGACUCUCAACAAUGCUUACAUUGCCCUCCAAGCAUGGAAGUCAGCCAUCAAAGAUGACCCUAAAGGAAUCUUGAACUCAUGGGUCGGGUCAAAUGUGUGUGAUUACAAAGGAGUUUUCUGUCAAGAUUCAUCAGUUACAGGGAUAGACCUUAACCAUGGUGGUCUCGAGGGUAUUCUCGUAAAGGAGCUUUCCCUCCUCAAAGACAUGACUCUCCUCCACCUCAACAGCAAUAGCUUCACAGGCACAAUCCCAGAUAGCUUAAAAGACCUUUUUGCCCUCACUGAACUUGACCUCAGCAAUAACCAAUUCUCCGGACCUUUCCCUACUAUAAUCCUCCAAAUCCCAAAUCUGGUGUAUCUAGACCUCAGAUUCAAUCUUUUUUCAGGACCCAUUCCAGACCUUGUAUUCACCAAGAAUCUUGACGCAAUUCUACUCAAUAACAACAAUUUCGAAGGUCAAAUCCCACAAAGUCUAGGCAAUUCCCCUGCUUCGGUAAUCAAUUUAGCCAAUAACAAGUUGACAGGUGACAUUCCGAUUAGCUUCGGGUAUUCUAGUUCCGGAUUGAAAGAAAUCCUGUUCUUGAACAACCAAUUAAGCGGUUGUAUCCCUCAAGGAAUCGGAAUGUGGUCAGAUUUACAAGUUUUUGAUGCGAGUUUCAAUUCAUUGAUGGGUCAUAUCCCUGAUUCGAUUUCUUGUUUGGAAGAUAUUGAAGUGUUGAAUGUUGCACACAAUGAGUUGUCGGGGAGGGAGAUGCAAAGGCCUGAGCCAGAGUGUGAUAUGAUUCCCGGUGGUAGUUUGAGUUGUCUUAGAAUCCCAUCUAUGAAGUCUUUUUCUUGUGGGACAUCGUUUAGAUCUUCGAAUUCGCCAAUCCCAUGA